AUAAUUUUAUUUUCCUCACAAAUCACUCUCAAACCAAAUAAAGCAGUCACUAAAAACACAACAAAACCACUUCACACUUUUUCUCUUUUUCCUUAACACAACAAACACAACAUCAAAACACUGUCUUCUUCUACACAAUCUAUGGUGAAAAUCUGUGUCGAAAUAUGCAUAAUAUCAGCUCGUGGAGUAAGAGCUUCACCUUCCCUAUGGAAACACCAAUGGUACGCAGUUGGUUGGGUUGAUCCAACCAACAAAUACAUCACCAAAGUUGAUGCUUCCACCAACACAAACCCUCAUUGGAGAACAAAGUUUUCUGUUCCAGUUGAUAACUCUGAUCCAAGUUUUCAUGAUCUCGCAUUGAGUGUUGAAGUUUAUAGCAGAGACCCUUUUUUCUUCUCAGAGAAACUUCAUGGUUCAGCUACUGUUCUUCUCAAAGAGUUUCUUGCAAAAGAGAUGCAGAAUGAAGAAACUGGAAGCUAUCAGUUGAGAAAGAAGAAGGAUAAUAAACCAAGAGGGUUUGUUGAUGUUUCGGUUCGUGUUUUUGAAGACAAAGAAGAAUCAAAUUCUUACUCAGGUAAUGAGGGAGGAGGAAUAAUGCUAGAUAAUGGUAAUAAGGGUGGGAAUGGACAAAGAUAUCACCAACAAAUGGAUCCAGUUUCAUCCAAUAGACCAUUUAAACAACCACAAACUAAUCUACCUUAUUCACAUCCAAUGCCAUUUCCUUCAAACUACUCUAAUCCUUAUGUGGGUGGACCAACCUACCCUGCAGCUGCUGGAGCUGGACCGAGUUAUCAACCACUAAGAACUCCACCACCGCCACCGCCUCCAUCGUCAAAUUUCGGUUACGUUCCGACUUUUCAUCAAAGUAAUGAUGCGUUGGCACCAAGUUACUUUAACAUGCCAUCAUCAUCAGGGACAGCUCCUAGGCCAAGGGGACCUCUAGGAUUUGCAAUGGGAGCCGGUGCUGGUGCAUUGGCAGCUGGUGCUGUAAUGUUUGGUGAUAAUUUAAUGUCAGGAUUUGAUUUUACUUCAGGUAUUGGAGAUCCUGUUCUUUCUAUUGCAACUGAUCCGCUUUUCUAAACAAGUCAUUAAGCAGUGUUACCAUUGCUACUAGUAAACCAGAUAUGACCGUAUUCGGAUUCAACGCAGCAACUGAUUUUCUCAGUUUAAUCUCAACCAGAUAUGCAUGAGACAUGUUUCUGUAUUUUACUUAUCAUUGCCUUUAUGAAUCUAAUAGUACUUGUUACUUUGUGGUAAGUCAUGUUCUAGUAUAUCCAAUGUAGAUUUCAGGUCUAGUGGUGUUUUUUUUUUUGACACUGCAUUCAUCUUUUCAUCAAUCACAUGAGGAAGAGAAGGCCCUUUAGCUAGAUUACAAGGUAUCCAGAACAAGUUUCUUGUUUCUAGUCAUACCUAAUUGAGCUUUGUCAGAAACUUUGGAAUGAGUAUUCCACCACUCUUCAAGAAGAAACCUAUUGGUUUCAACAUUAUUGUUCUCAAUGAUUAAGGAGGGUGUUGAAUAUGUAGAGAUAAUCUAAUAAGUUGAGUCAAUAACUACUUCAUUAGACAUGACA